AGCACGCCCACGCACCUACCACGCCUACUCACAUGGAGGUGCCAAGCAGUGAAGUGUUCUCUGAUCUUUAUUCUGGUCAGAUUGAUAAGCUGUGGAGUCAUGAGAGAGACGAGUUGAAGCCUUACCUACCAUUCAUAUGUAGCAUUGCUCUCUCUCCCUCUCCUCUCACAUCAAACGAGCCUGAGGGAGAUCAGGAGUCAUUCCUGAUUCAAAAUAACAAAGAGACUCUCCAUUCCUUACUCUGUGACAUAGAGGAAACAAACAUCAUUAAGAACUACUUCAAAUUGGAUUUUACAUUGCUACGAAGCGAUGCGCUGAAAGAGCAAGGGCUACUGAGGAAGCUGGGGUCUGAUGAGGAGAGACCACGAGAGAGAGAGGAGGAUGAGGAAAGGCCAGCGAUCGUGUUUGAGAGAGGAAACGAAGAGAAAAGAUUCCGAUUAUUAUUGAGAGAGAUACUUAAGAUAAUGAGUCAUCUUGAGUCUUCAUUUGGGCUGGAAGUGUCCGACCUUUUUGAGUGUCAGGUUUGGCUAAAUGAGAUCAGCUAUAUACUCUGCAUAGCCGUCAAAGAACUCAAUGACAUAUUGCCACUGGUGAAAGUGUGUGAAGCUUUAUUAAGAGUGAAGAAUGGCCCAUAUCUCAUUUGUCGCCUGCUGGCUAAUGAGCCUCAUCACUACAAGAAAAUUGUAACAUCGCUUGUUACUAAAGGCGAGACUUUAGAUGAAAUAUCACUUGCUGGUCGUCUCAGAUCUCAGACUCUUAGAGGUCUUGUUACUCUCGUCCCGUCUUCUUCCUCUUACGUUCAGUGGCUUGCCUAUACCAACCAGAAGCUACCAACGCUAAUGAUAUUCAUUGCACUCGAUAUUGAGGCCGGGGAGCUGGUGGGGAGCGCUAAAGGAGGAGGCGUUUUAUCACUCAUGAGUGACAUAGUCAUUCACGGGAACAAAGAGAAAAAGAGCUGGUUCUCUCAGUACAUGAAACUCAUGCAACAAAAAUAUAGGCGCCAUCAUUCGUCUGCAGUGACUGCUUUAAGGAAGUACCUCAUGAAGAAGCUCCUCCAUUUUAUUAAUCUCACUAGCAAGUCCGCUCCAUCCUCUGACAUCCCUCUCUCAAUGGAAGUUGACGUUAACAACGAAGGACUAAUGGAGGAAGAGGGAGGUGAAGAAGGAAUGGAUACUGCAACACUUGAGCUUGUGGACCAAAUGGAGAUUGAGAUAAGUGAGAUCGAAGAUGGAGAGACAGCAGAAAGAGGAGGAGGAGGGAGGGAGGAAGGGACAGAGAAAGUUGAAGGAGGCGAUGGGACCACUGAAGCCAUGGAAACAAUACAAUCACUAGCUAGUAAAAGGACUCAUAAUAAUUCGUUUACUUUCGAGCAAAUUGAUUUUCCAGUUAUAUCUCUCUCAAGACAGUUCAGUGAUGAGUCAAUCCUCCAACUGACGCAACUCAUUCACGUCUGCUGUGCUCUCAAGACACAAGCUAACAUGUAUUUGACGAACGAAGAAUCGGCAGCAUUAUUGCAUCUCAUUACAUGCACAUGUCCGCCUUUUUCAUCAGCCGGAGUUCAGUUUAUUGAAGUAGCACUCUCUAUUUUAUUAACCUGUCCUUUCCUGAUAAAUUCAGAGGAUGGGGAAGAGUCUGUGUUACGUUGGAUUACUUGGCUCCUAGAGAAUAUCCAGGAAUUUGAAAAGGCGAUACCAGGUGAGAGAGUGUACGGUGAGAUGCUCCUCCUUGUUGUCAUUCAUUUACAAGAGAAGCAGCUGAAGGAGAUUGAGACUCUCAUCUCUUCUGUACUGGGAAUGACAUUACAAAAUUCACUUGGUUCGGGUCAUUUUUCAACUUUAAAAGACAUCUUUCUUAAAGUCUUUAAAGGAGAUGUUGUAUGCUCUCAUGCUGUUAGUGUCCCUCCCACUUCCUCCCUCAGUGGUCACAUGACUGGGUAUCUCCCUGUUCACUGCAUCCUUCAGUUGAUGCGUUCCAAGGCGUUCCGUAAACACGGUGUAUUUGUAAAGGACUGGAUAUAUAAACAGCUGGUGACAACCGUUGAGCCCGUCCAUCCUGACCUCCCCUCUCUCAUUGAGGAGUAUGUACAAGCAAUACUAGUCUCACCUUUAUCAGCUUCAAGUCAUGCUAAAUCACGCAGGGCUACCAUUGUACAGAUACCGUUUUCUGCUGAAGAGGUUUUAAGUGUUUUUAGGUUUGACGAUGUUCCUUCUGAGUCCUCAAUGUGCUCUAAGAUAUUGAUAUUGUAUUAUGUACUUUAUUAUCAAGAAACUUACCUGAGUAAUCUCAAAUCGUUAUUGGUAUCAUCUCACAGUGAUGCCCCUAAGGCCUACAGCCCCAGCGUGUUACUCCAGCUGCCUGUUAAGAGGUUGUUGCAGCAUGCCACUAACAAUCAAGAAGCAUUUUUAACAGUGUAUCCUUCUUUAUUGCGUAUGAUAGUAACACAAUUCCCUCAACUCUAUCUUCCUGAGGACUGGAUCAGACAAGAUGACAUUAAUCAAAGUAGUUUGAGUUCAGGAUCAAGAUUACGUCUAUCUUCAAAGAAGGUCACACCGGAAGUAGCAUCUGCAUUGCUAUCUACAUUGAACACAAAGCCGUCUGAUGCCAUGCUGGUCCUGACAUUCCUUUCUUCUCUUCCGGUCACUUCUCUUGUUCCCUUUUCCUCUUCUCUUGUCUCGUCUCUCCACCUCCUCCUUGAGGACGGAGUGAGCAAGAGAAUACAGCAAUUAUUCUCUUCACUUUGGAUGAAGCUAAACUCCGUCAUACCAAGAAGGUUGUGGGUGGAGACUGUAAAUGCACUUCGUUCUGAGGAUCAGAGGACCUACCCACUUUGCACUCACCAGACUAUUCUAGAGGAUCCUCUCAUUGUCCUCCAGUGCGAUCUGCGAGUUUUUAGGUGCUCUUGUGUUUUUGAGAUAUUACUCCGAGUGCUUGCAGCUUACACUUCAGCCUCUCGUGUCUGGCUGUUGGAACACUCGCACAAAUUAAACUGUAUGUCACAAGCCAGCAACGAUCCAUCAGUGUAUCACUUAAGUUCCCAAGAGAGAGAGGAGUUACGUGUUGCUCUUACAGCUGCACAAGAGAGUGGGAUUAUCCAAUUGUUACUGGAAAUAUGUCUACCGAAUGAUAAAGACAGGGAGGAGGCCAGUGUAUUGGGCCCACAGUUAACUGUACUCAGGGAAAUACAGUGCCUAGUGUGCUCAUACCUUCACCAGGUAUUUAUAAGUGAGCCUAGUAUGGUCAAGUUGAUUCAUUUCCAAGGCUAUCCUUCACAGCUUCUCCCAUUGUUAGUUAGUGGAGUCCCAUCAAUGCAUAUCGCAACUGAUUUCCUUCCUGAACUACUUGCACAGCCACAAUUAGAGAAACAGGUGUUUGCCAUUCAGUUAGCAGCUCACGUGAUUCAUCAGUAUCCUUUGCCUGAGUCUGUUGGUCUAGUAAAGGACUCGAUAUUCAAGAAACUUCACAGAUUUAUUGACGAAGUUCCUUCAAAGAGACAGCAUGGGGUCUUCUUUCCUCUUCUACCAGCAAUGGUACUCCUCUGUCAGACGUUCCCUCCAUUGACUGUUGAGGCUGUAGAUUUCCUAUUGCAUCUCUGUAGAGUGUGUUUGGUCAAUAGUUUGCCUGGUUACAAUGGAGGUACAACACUACCCCUGGAUGCCAAGACUGUUCUGCAUGCUUCAUGCAAUCCACAGCAGCUCAAUAUCACUCCUUUUGAUAAGGAUGCCAAAGAGUGUCACAGUAACAAAAUGACUUCUCCUUUGUUUUUAUUGGAGGAAAGACUCAAAUCCCUCAGGAAUCUGAGUCUCGUUGAAGGCGCUAGAUGGGCUUUUGAUGAAAUAUCCAAGACAGUGCUGAUGAAAGUCAGCUGUAAAACCUGAAAUGUGACUCUGCAUAGUUCAUUACUAUAAUUUAUUUUUAAAAUUAUAAAAAUAUUCAUCCUCCACCCUGGACCACCCAGA